CAGAACUAACCACAGAGACACCAAGAACAAAACUAACGGAGCCGUUUCACAAAAGAUGAUGUUCCGAUUCAUUUUCCGCCGCGAAAUCUCGAAAUCCACCGCGAUUUAUCGCCGGAAUCUACACAGCGAUCUAGAAGAUGCCGGUCCGAUGGCAUCUCGGCUUAAAUCUCGUUCCGUUGUCCGGUUUAGCGGACCGGAUACGGUUAAGUUUCUUCAGGGUUUGUUAACCAACGAUGUACGGCGGUUCGGUGAUUCGUCCGGCGAGAAAAGCUCGGCGGUUCCUACGCCGAACAUGGCUUCCGUUACGACUCCGCCGAUGUACGCUGCGCUUUUAACUCCUCAAGGAAGGUUCCUGUACGAUUUUUUCUUGUAUAGCCCUUCGAGACCCGAGGAGAAGCUUGAUCGAACUGGUUCUGGACCCGGGUCUGAUUCGGGUCGUGAUGGGUCCGUUGAGGUUUUUGCUGAUGUUGAUGUUGAUGUCCUUGAUGAAUUGCUUGUAACACUCAAAAAGUAUAGGUUGAGGUCCAAAGUGGAUAUUGAAAACGUCGCAGAGGAAUUUUCAUGUUGGCAGCGUUACGGUAGGGGUCUUACUGGAUCUUCAUCUGUUGGUUGGGGAGGUGGUGUUGAUCGUGCUGGUGAGUCUACAGCUAGUGGUAAUAAGUAUGGAUGGGAAUGGUAUAAGGAUCCGAGGUUGGUGUGUCUUGGUUACAGAAGCAUCUUUCCUUCUGAUGCAACUCCACCUUUAGUUGAGGCAGAUAAAGAAACUGAUGAAAGCAAUUACCUUUUGUGGAGAUUAGAGCAUGGAGUGGCUGAAGGAUCAGCUGAAAUCCCCAAAGGCGAAGCAAUACCGCUUGAAUACAAUUUUGUUGGUCUUAAUGCGAUAAGUUUUGACAAAGGCUGCUAUGUUGGUCAAGAGCUUAUAGCUCGUACUCAUCACCGUGGUGUCAUCCGCAAACGCUUAAUCCCUUUACGAUUCAUCGAUAGCAAUGGAAAAGAGUUAAACCAGAAAAUAGCAGCUGGAGCUCAAGUAGUUGAGUCAGGAACCGGCAAGAAAAUGGGAACGGUAUCAACAGCUUUGGGUAGCCGGGGAAUGGGUGUAAUGAGGGUAGAAGAAGCCUUUAAACCAUCAGCUGAAUUAACAGUAAAGGACUCAGAGGACGUGAAGGUCGAGGCAAUCAGACCAACAUGGUGGCCGGCUGAGUGGUUCCAAUAGAAUCAAUCAGGAGUUGCUGCAGCGUAGUAGUAACUACUUAAAAGGUACAAUUUUUUUUGUGAUUUCACUUGGUAGAGUUGAAGAAUUGAAUGAUCCUUCUGAGUAAAUGUAAGUUUCUUUGUUAGAUUAUUUUUUGCAGUUUAAAACAAAUAAAGUUGAAUAUUUUCCGACGAGGUAUUCUUGAUCGGGAAGGUGUCUUUGUUUAUUGUUAUGGCGGCAACAAGUUCGUAGCUUUCAUUGUAUUCCACUGUUUUAACUAAUAAAGGUUGAAUCUUUCCGGCGAGGUUUAGCCGCCGGAUAAUUUUGUACUAAUUACUACAAGUUUUGUUUGUGUCCUCCUAAUCAAAUUUCAAGUUAAUAUUGA